AUGGCCACACUUGAGGAAUUGGAGCAGGACGAGCUCAUCGAUCAAGAGAUCGCGCUGUCGCUGACGCAAGACAUUGCCAACAGAACAAAACUUCUCCACAACGACAUUUCAGUGAUGUUCUCAGAAAGCCAGAGACUCAGUCACGAAAAGGCUGUCAUGGCUGAACGCAUCAAGGACAACCAGGAGAAGAUCAACAACAACAAACAGCUUCCGUACUUGGUGGGCAACGUGGUGGAGCUCUUGGAUCUUAAUGCCGAGAAGGAGGCGCUAGAACAGGGUGGGAACUUGGAUGUGGAUGCUGCUAGACUGGGCAAAUCGGCCGUGAUCAAGACCAGUACGCGGCAGACGAUCUUUUUGCCGCUCAUUGGGUUGGUGGAUCCGGCAAACUUGAAGCCCAACGACUUGAUUGGCGUCAACAAGGACUCGUACCUCAUUUUGGACCUUUUACCUUCCGAGUACGACUCGAGAGUCAAGGCCAUGGAGGUCGACGAGAAGCCCACGGAGGACUACUCCGACAUUGGUGGCUUGGACAAGCAGAUCGAGGAGUUGAUCGAGGCCGUGGUGUUGCCCAUGAAGCAGGCUGAGAAGUUCAAGGCCUUGGGCGUGAAACCACCCAAAGGUGCGUUGAUGUACGGCCCUCCCGGUACCGGUAAGACGCUUCUUGCGCGUGCCUGUGCCGCCCAGUCGGGCGCUACGUUCUUGAAGUUGGCUGCUCCGCAAUUGGUGCAGAUGUUCAUUGGUGACGGUGCCAAGUUGGUGAGAGAUGCGUUCGCCUUGGCCAAGGAGAAGGCGCCUACGAUUAUCUUCAUCGACGAGUUGGAUGCCAUUGGAACCAAGCGUUUCGACUCGGACAAGUCCGGUGACCGUGAGGUGCAGCGUACCAUGUUGGAGCUCUUGAACCAGUUGGACGGUUUCGGCUCCGACGACAGAGUCAAGGUGCUUGCCGCCACCAACAGAGUCGACACAUUGGACCCUGCGUUGUUGCGUUCGGGCCGUUUGGACCGUAAGAUCGAGUUCCCCUUGCCCUCCGAGGAGGCCCGUGAGUCUGUGCUCAAGAUCCACGCCAGAAAGCUCAACUGCGACCACAACCUGAUCAACUGGCGUGAAUUGGCCCGUUCGACCGACGAGUUCAACGGUGCCCAGCUCAAGGCCGUCACCGUCGAGGCCGGCAUGAUCGCCUUGAGAAACGGCAAGUCUGUCAUCAAGCACGAGGACUUUGUCGAGGCCAUUGGCGAGGUCCAGGCCCGUAAGUCCAAGCUGGUCAACUUCUACGCAUAA